AUGUCUUCAAUACGUGUGUCUGCAGAAGAUCUGUCUUGUCCCGUGUGCUGUGAGCUCUUCAGAGAUGCGGUUAUUUUAUCAUGCAGUCACAGUGUGUGUAAAGAGUGUCUUCAGGAGUUCUGGAGAAGCACAGACUCUCAGAAGUGUCCCGUCUGCAGGAGAUCAUCCUCAAACACUCCUACAGGUAAUCUUGCAUUGAAAAACCUGUGUGAAUCAUUCCUAGAGCAGAGAAACGAGAGCUGUUCAUCAGGAUCUGAGCAGAUCUGCAGUUUACACCAAGAGAUACUCAAACUCUUGUGUCUGGAGGACAAACAGCCGCUGUGUUUAAUGUGCAGAGACUCACAGAAACACCCCAGUCACACAUUCAGACCCCUCACUGAAGAUGAUCCUUCAUUUAAGUACAAAACUGAUCUCAUCCAAAAAAGCAUCUUAAUUGAAGAUGGAAAUCCUGCUCGAUACAGACUGCAAACAACAACAGCAGACAGGUCAGAUCAGGCUGAAUCAUACAGAAAAAUGGACUUUGGACAAAUGGACAAAAACAAACCCCAUACAACAAUCCUGCUGGUUGGAGAAACAGGAACAGGGAAAACAAAACUCAUCAACACUAUGAUCAACUACAUUUUGUGUGUUCAGAGAGAAGACAAGGUUUGGUUUGAGAUCACAGAUGAUCAGAGUAAUGAAACAUCAGCUCACAGUCAGACCUCCAGCAUCACUGUUUAUGGGGUUUAUCUACAAGAGAGUCCGAUGGAUUUAACAAUCAUUGAUACACCAGGAUAUGGAGACACUCGUGCUGAACUUGAUGAACAGAUCGCUGAGAGUUUUUUUAGUUUAAGUAAAUCUGAAGAUGGGAUUCAUGCAAUAGAUGCAGUGUGUCUGGUGAUUAAUGCAAACCAGAAUCGCCUCUCUGACAGACAAAUCUACAUAUUUGAUGCUAUUCAGUCUUUAUUUGGAAGAGAUAUCACUGAAAACAUUGUCCUGCUCUUCACACACUCAAAUGGAGCUCCUCCUAGAAAUGCCCUGAAGGCUGUUAAAGAGGCUCAGAUCAAGUGUGCAGUGAAUGAACAGAAGAAUCAGCCUGUGUUUUUCCUGUUCGACAACUGUCAGUCAGACGCUCAUGAUGAAGAAUAUGAGAUGAUACAGGAGCAAUCAUGGAAUCAGAGUUUCAGAGGAAUGACAGGAUUGUUCAAGUUUCUUAAAACAUUAAAACCAAAAUCUCUGAAGAUGACACGAGAUGUUUUACAACAACGAAAUCAGCUGGAAGCAAAAAUCUCCAAUUUAAAAUCACUCGUUCAGGUGAUGAAACUAAAGCAAAAUGAGCUGAAACAAACUCAAGAGGCUCUGGGGAAAAACAAGUGUUAUGUUCAGAGCAAUAAAAACUUUGAGUAUGAAGUUGAAGUGUCCUAUAAAGAAAAGGUUGAUAUUGAUCGAUCUGUAGAUGAAGCGGCGAUGUGCUGCACCGUCUGUGAGGAGAACUGUCAUUAUCCUGGAUGCUGGUGGACCAGUGAUGUCUCUCAGUGUAGUGUGAUGAGAAAGAAUCACUGUACAGUGUGCACUAAUAAAUGCCACUACAGCAAACACAUCAAAGCACCUAAAAUAUAUGUGACAAAGACAAAGAAGGAGAAGAGGACGAAUGAAGACUUAAAGAAGAAAUGUGAUGAGAAAAUCAAGACCAAUGAGUCUGCAAUCAAGAAACUGGAAGAAGAACUGCAGGAGUUAGAGAAGGAGAAGAUAAAGAGUGUGUUUGAGGCAUUUCACUGUGUGGAUAUUCUGCAGUUUAUUGCUCUCAACACUGAUUCACUGAACACACUUCAACAUGUGGAUUUUCUGAUUGAGAAGCUGAAGGAAAUAGAGGAGCCUGAAAGGGUCAAAACACUGGAAGACAUCAAGAGGAGAGCCGAAGGAAAAUACAGAGCCCUGAGAUUCAUAAAAAGAUGUUAA